AACCUGCCAUUUUGGCUUGAUUUGCCGUUCCAACAAAUACACAUCUCUGUUCCUUCAACAGAGUGAAGAUUUAUACCCCGAAAUGCAUUUUUUUACUUCUCACCUGAAGUGAAAUGGUCAAUCAUGAAAAUGAGACAAUGAGAUUUACUAAACAAGACUUUGCUAUGGUGGUUUUGGGAAUGUUGAUUUAUGUAGCUGAUAUUGGAGCAGAUCUUUGGAUAGUGAAGAAAUAUUUCUGUGAGGGACAUUAUUUGUGGUGUGCCUUAAUAUUGACCACAGGACUUCUUUCAUCAGUAGUUAUCCAGUUUUUCAGUUACAACUGGUUUAAAGAAGACAAUCCUGCGAAUCUGAAUUGGAUUUUACUUCUAUUACAUUUCUUACAUGCUGGAAUAUUUACAAGGUAUUGGUUUGUACUGAAAUAUGGCUACCAGGCUUCAUUUCAAUCAAACAGCUCGGAAAAUACAUUGAUUGAUGGCUCCACCAGGAUCAUUCAUAAAACAUCCAUUGAUGCAAUGGCUGAUAUAAGUAUGCUCCGGCUAUUUAAGACCUUCCUAGAAAGCACACCACAGCUUAUUCUUCAGAUCUACAUCCUGAUGACAUCUGAUAAUUGUACCUUCAGUCAAUAUGUUUCCAUCAUCAUCACAUUUGGGAGCAUUUCCUUUGCAACUUUGGACUAUCAGGUAGCUUUACGGAAAUCCCUGCCUGAUAAAAAUAAAUUUACCAAGAUACCUUCCAAAAUAAUGUAUCUUUUCUAUAAACUGUUGACUUUAACUUCUUGGAUACUUAGCAUUGCGCUGGUCACAGUACUCAGCACCACAUUUGCUCUCAUUCUGCUUCUGUUUCUUUGGUUCGGAGGGAUAGUUUGGGUGCUGAAGCAACACACGGAAUUUUGUAAAUCUAAAGCAUCUGAAGUUGUGUAUAGGAUUGUUGUGGGAAUCAUCCUUAUUUUCACCUUUUUUAAUAUUAGGGGAGAAAGGACAAGAAUUCCCAUGUCUGUUUAUUAUACCAUUCGGGUGCUUUUAACCCUAGCAAUUAUGUGUAUGUGUAUAUUCUGGAAUUCAUUGUUUAAUGGGAAAAUACACUGGUCAACUGUAAUCAUUGCAGUUAUUCUCACUCUAGUAUUAGGUAUUAUUUUCCUUUUUGUUUAUUAUGGACAUUUUCAUCCUAGUAUCCAUUAUGCACAAGAUGUAGUUAAUACAUCAGAUGUAGUUGAUGGACCAGGAGGUGAAACACAAGAAACCUGUAGAAUUAGGACAUUCCUGAUGCAAUAA